UUCAUCUGGUGUGAAUGGAUCACAACAAAGUUCUGGCAUUGACUAUAAUCACCCACUGUUCUUGUCUCCUGCAGAUGUAAGUGGAAUUCAGAUCAUUUCUUUCCAACUUACAGGUAUUGAAAAUUACUCUAUCUGGUUUAACUCUAUGAAACUUGCUCUCUUAGGAAGAAAUAAGUUGGGAUUAGUAAUGCGGUGGUAUGGCAAGAUCUGUGUGAAAGAUUUAAUAAAAUUGAUGGAUCAAGAACCUACAAUCUACAUAAAGAAAUAGCCACUCUAAGUCAAGGCACAGCUUCUGUGUCUGUGUACUUCUCAAAAUUAAAGAGUUUGUGGGUAGAAUUUGAGUCAAUGGUACCAGCUCCUGGUUGUAAUUGUUCUAAGUCAAAAGCGUUUGUAGAACACUUACAGAAAAUGAAGUUGUUUCAAUUCUUGAUGGGCUUGAAUGAUGCUUACUCUCAGGCUAGAAGCCAAAUACUUAUGAUGAAUCCUAUGCCCAAUGUAAAUCAAGCCUACUCUCUAGUGAUCAGUGAUGAGUCUCAAAAAGCUGUAGCAGCUAGUUCUGGAAUUCUAGGGACUAAUCCAAGUGUCACAGUUGGAAACAUUGAUUUAGCAAUGUAUUCAAGGAAUAAUAUGAGUCAAAAUAAUGGGAGUCAAGGUGGUUCAAAUCAGUAUGGACAUCAGAAAUUUAAGAAACCUUAUAACAGCUUGAUCUGUGAAUUUUGUAAGUGUAAGGGUCACACUAAAGACACAUGUUUCAAGCUAGUAGGAUAUCCUUCUGAUUUCAAGUCCAAGAAAGGUAUGAUAGGCAGGAAAACUGGUCAGAAUCAAAGGUAUGGUGCUGCUUAUAAUGCAGUAGGAGAAAGUUCAAAUAUGGAUCUUGGACCAGUCAACACUCAAGACUGUAAUGUUCAACAAGCAUCCGUGCCUUAUAAUAUGAAUGGGGCAGGAUCUAGCUGUGGACAAGGCAAUAAUAUGGGAGGAUAUGGUUCUCAAAAUGGAAGAGGUGAUGCACAGCUACAGAUAGGAAAUGCAUUUACUAGAGAGCAGUAUGAUCAGAUUGUUCAGUUGCUCAACAAGAGUCAUAAUGUCAAUUCAACUGUGUCUUCAGCAAAUGCAGCAGGUGAUGUAGUAGGAUCUCUUCACUGGAAGGGUGAAGGAGAUUGGUAGAGAAGAAGCUGGUUUAUACUUGUUGCUGAAUCAACAUACAUAUAAUGGAAAACAUGUCAGUCUAGCAGUGAAGAAUCCUGAGGAUGCAGUGUGCAGUCAAGAUAUUAGCUUGUGGCAUAAAAGACUUGGCCACAGUUCUUACUCAGUUUUGAAUAGACUUUUUUCUUGUAAUUCUAGUUAUGUAAGGAGUAUUAUAGAUAAUUGCACUAUAUGCCCAUGUGCCAAACAAUCUAGAUUGCCCUUUCAGCCUAGUCAUAUAAAAACUAGUGACAGACUUGAAAUGGUGCAUGUA